AUGUCUUGCUUCUUUAGAAGAACCAUAGCUGCGAAGCUGGGCAGGACGCUGCAGCAGUCUGAGGAGGUGUUCCUGCCGGCUCUGACCGCCCUCCCCGCCAUGAAGAAACAGUUAAGUCUGACGUUGAUGCAGGGUGCGGACUUCAAACUAUCGCUCAGCGCGUUACGCGUCCAGGGGAUCCUCCCCCCUGGAGGAGACAUCCAGCAGCAGGCAGAAUCCCUGGCCUCCCAGCUGAAGCAGGACAGCGUGGUGGAGGAGAUCUCUGCUGGGCGUGGAGCCGUCCACUUCAAAGUGAACCGCAGGCUCCUCGCAGAGAAACUGUUGGAGCCUUUUGGAAAAGUGGGGGACGACACGUUUGGGUUAAAUAGCGAACUUCUAAAAACUCUGAAGAGAGGAACAACGUUGGUGGAGUAUAGCUCGCCAAAUAUCGCCAAAAAAUUCCACGCCGGACACCUGCGCUCUACGAUCAUUGGGAACUUCAUUGCUAAUCUGAAACAGUCCCUCGGAAACACCGUUAUCCGAAUGAACUACCUGGGAGACUGGGGAAUGCAGUUUGGUCUCCUCGGAGCUGGGUUUGGCCAGUUUGGAUGUGAGAAAAAACUACAAGAGAAUCCUUUACAGCAUUUGUUUGAGGUGUACGUUCAGGUGAACAAGGAAGCGGAGCGCGACGAGGCCACGAAGCAGGCGGCCAGGGACUUCUUCAGACGGCUGGAGCAGGGCGAGGGCCGCGCUGUGUCGCUAUGGCGACAGUUCCGAGAGAUCACCGUCCGGGAGUAUCGGCGCAUUUACGAGCGGUUGGGGGUCCACUUCGACGUUUACAGCGGGGAGUCGCUCCACCAAGACCAAGCCCAGCAGGUGGUGCGGGAGCUGCAGAGCCGGGGCCUCCUGAGAACCUCCGAGUACGGAAAGAAACACGCCCACACGCCACUGAGGGGCACGGGUGUUGUUGAUCUCUCUCCUGACGGAGACAUGAGCCGCGUCUGCACGCUGCUCCGCAGCGACGGCACCACGCUCUACAUCACCAGGUCUGAAGGAGUGCAGGCUCAGCCGUUUUCCGUUCUGAGAAAAGACUUUUCCUUUGGCCCUGCCGGCAUUUUUAUCCCGUCUCCCUCAGCCAGUGUUGUCUCACUGAGAGUUUCCUGUCGCAGGGACAUUGCUGCAGCUAUUGACCGGAGGGAAAAGCUCUGUUUUGACGAGAUGAUUUAUGUGACUGACAAAAGUCAAGAGGAUCACUUCAGCCAGUUGUUCCAAAUCCUGCUCACUAUGGGGCAUCCAUGGGCCGUCAGAUGUCGGCACGUGUCCUUCGGUCUGGUUCAGGGCAUGAAGACCAGGACCGGGGAGGUGGUGUUUCUGGAGGACGUGCUGGAUGAAGCCCGGGCGAGGAUGCUCCACAACAUGAGCCAGUCAAACACCACAAAGGAGUUGGAGAACCCCCAAGACACGGCAGAGAAAGUGGGGAUCAGCGCCCUAAUAGUCCAGGAUUUCAGAGGUCCCCUGCAGUCGGAUUAUAAGUUUGAGUGGGAGCGGAUGCUGCAGGCUCAGGGCGACACGGGCGUCUUCCUACAGUACACACACGCUCGACUCUGCAGUUUAAUGCGGAGGAAUGAGGGUGUGGAGGCAGCUCCGUUUGAGCCUUGGCUCCUGCGUGAGCAGACGGGCAUCACCAUCCUGCAGCACCUGCUCCGCUAUGAUGAGGUGUUGUAUCAGUCGGCCCAGGAUCUGCAGCCCAAACACCUGGUCAACUUUUUAUUGAAGCUGUGCCACUUCGUCGCCUCGGCUCACAGGGAGCUGCCAGUGAAAGGAAACCCACAGGAUGUUGCACGGGCACGAUUACAACUGUUCAGAGGAUCCUGUUCAGUCCUGGCCAAUGGGAUGAGGAUCCUGGGCAUCACACCCGUUAAUAAAAUGUGA